UCCACCAUUUUCCAACACACAGCGGCGGCAGUGCUAACACAGCUCCGGCAACGCGAGAGAAGAGAAGAGAGCCACCCCUCUACCUGGAGAGGAAGCCAGGGACCGGGGGCAGUCAUGGCAGCGAACAUGUACCGGGUUGGAGAUUAUGUUUAUUUUGAGAACUCAUCCAGUAACCCACUGCUGAUCAGGAGGAUAGAGGAGUUGAACAAGACAGCCAAUGGGAACGUGGAGGCCAAAGUGGUGUGUUUUUACCGGCGCAGGGACAUCUCCAGCACACUCAUCGCCCUGGCAGACAAACAUGCAAGGGAGCUGGAGGAGGAGAUGGAGAAUCCAGAGAUGUCGGACCUCCCCGAGAAACAGAAACACCAGCUCAGACACAGAGAGCUCUUCCUGUCCCGUCAACUGGAGUCUUUACCCGCAACACAUAUCAGGGGGAAGUGCUGUGUGACACUGCUGAACGAAACAGAAGCUCUGAAGUCGUACCUGGACAGAGAGGAUGCCUUCUUCUACUCGCUGGUGUAUGACCCUCAGCAAAAGACUCUGCUGGCUGAUAAGGGGGAGAUCCGUGUCGGGAACAAGUUCCAGGCAGACAUCACCGACCUCCUGAAAGAAGGUGAGGAUGACGGCAGAGACUUGGAGAAACUAGAGGAGAAGGUCUGGGACCCCAACAGCUCACUGACGGAGAAACAGAUUGACCAAUUCUUAGUAGUAGCUCGGUCAGUAGGUACAUUCGCCCGAGCCUUGGACUGCAGUAGUUCUGUCCGACAGCCCAGUCUUCACAUGAGUGCUGCGGCAGCCUCCAGAGACAUCACCUUGUUUCACGCCAUGGACACCCUCCAUGCCACGGGCUAUGACAUGACUCGAGCCAUCGCAGCGCUGGUGCCUCAGGGUGGGCCUGUCCUCUGCAGGGAUGAAAUGGAGGAGUGGAGCGCCUCUGAGGCCAACCUGUUUGAGGAGGCACUAGAGAAAUACGGCAAAGACUUCACAGAUAUCCAACAGGAUUUUUUGCCCUGGAAGUCCCUGACGAGUAUUAUUGAGUAUUACUACAUGUGGAAGACCACAGACAGAUAUGUACAGCAGAAACGAUUAAAAGCAGCCGAGGCAGAAAGCAAGUUGAAGCAGGUCUAUAUCCCUAACUAUAACAAGCCAAACCCCAACCAGCUGAGUAACAAUGUAAAACCAGCCCUGGUGAAUGGAGCGGCGGGUCCGGUGGGUCCGGUGGGUCCNGCGGGUCCGGCGGGUCCAGUGGGUCCAGUGGGUCCAGUGGUCCCGGGUCUUCCAGGCUCAGUGCCGACCCCCGGCCUCGGCAGAGCCUGUGAAAGCUGCUACACCAGCAGCUCCUACCAGUGGUACUCGUGGGGACCUCCCAACAUGCAGUGCCGCCUGUGUGCUUCAUGUUGGACUUACUGGAAGAAGUACGGAGGGCUGAAGAUGCCCACAAGACUGGAUGGAGAGAGGCCUGGACCCAACCGCAACAACAUGAGCCCCCACGGCCUGCCCCUGCGGCACAGCGGCAGCCCCAAGUUCGCUGUAAAGACGCGGCAGGCAUUCUACCUGCAGACUACCGGACUGACGCGGAUGGCACGCCGCCUCUGCCAGGACAUCAUCAGGCCGCGGUAUCUGGCCAGGCACCCCUACCUCCCCGUCAACACAGCAGCCAUCAAGGCAGAAUGUGCCCUGCGGUUGCCAGAUGGCCCCAAAAAGCCUUUGUCACUGAAACCUGUGGAACGUAAACCUCUGGAGUCCGUGGUUCGGUAUUUAGAAGCACAUCCCCGUCCAGCCAAACCCGACCCUCCGAUUCGUGGAGGUUCCAUCUCUACAAGCAGCCUGACGCCCAUAAAGUCCUCCCCCAUCCUCAACAAUGGCUCACCCACCAUCCUGGGCAAACGCACCUAUGAACAGCACAACGGACUGGAUGGCACUAAAUCCAAAACCCUGACUCCACAGUGGGACAUCAUGGCCAAACGGGUGAGCGAGGCGGCGCGGCCCUCGGUCUCCCUGCAGGACGAGGUACAUGAACUGGACUGAACGCUCUGUGGGAACGACCUCUACUACAAACCCCCGCAGAGGGGGACAUGAAAUGGAAAGGCAUUUUCCAAUAAACCAUAGCCGAGGGCAGCUGAGGGAAGUUGAAAGGAGAACGACAGCUUUGGCCACCUUUCUUCAGUCAGUACGGGUCUGUCACGCUUGCUGAAGACCAAUCGAUAAUCGAUCAGUUUUGGCUGUGGUCAAUCAGAAGAUGAGCCUGACUGUACAGGACUGUGUUUAUUACUUACAUUUCUCGUUAUAACUGUCAUUGUAAUUAUUGUUAUUGUUAUUAUAAUUUUUUUUACCAACUAUAACUCAGCUUAUUGUUUGUCGAUCAAACGAUGGAACUUGUGAAGUUUCAUGAAAAAUGCUUGCAGAGCCCUGUGGAAAAAGGGUGGAAGGACUGUAACAUAAGCCACUUGCAUCUUCUAUGUUUUUUUUGUUUUUUGUUGUUGUUUUUUUUUUUAACAAAGUGUUU